CCCGCUAUUUGUACAAAAAUUAAUAAUAACAUACGCAGGAGAUUUGUUUACGUAAAAGUUUCAAGAUAAUAUUUUAUCCUAUUGGAUAUUGCAAAAGAUGUAGAUAGAUAAUUGUAAUGGGUUACUUGAAAUACAUAGAGGUAAACAAUUUUAAAUCUUAUAAGGGAAAACAGAUAAUAGGUCCACUGAAACCUUUUACUGCUAUAAUCGGACCAAAUGGAUCUGGAAAAUCUAACUUCAUGGAUGCUAUCAGCUUUGUGCUGGGAGAAAAAACAUCUAGCCUUAGGGUAAAGAAGCUUGGGGAUCUAAUUCAUGGUGCUCCUAUAGGAGCCCCUGUCUCGACUCGAGCAAGUGUUACUGCUGUUUAUGGAGAAACUGAUGGCACAGAGAUCAGUUUUUCAAGACUUGUAACUGGAUCUUCAUCAGAAUACCGGAUUGACAACAAAGUUGUAAGCCAUCAAGAAUAUGCUAGCAAACUGGAGACUCUUGGCAUAAAUGUUAAAGCCAAGAACUUUCUGGUGUUUCAAGGUGCCGUUGAGUCUAUUGCCAUGAAGAAUCCUAAGGAGCGAACAGGCUUAUUUGAGGAAAUUUCUCGCUCAGUCGAGCAUAAAGAGGAAUAUGAACAACUAAGAACUGAAAUGAUGAAAGCAGAAGAAGACACACAGUUCACAUACCAGAAGAAGAAAGGAAUUGCUGCAGAGAAAAAAGAAGCUCGACUUGAAAAGGAGGAAGCAGAAAAAUAUCAACGUCUCAAAGAAGAGUUGCUUCAGAAGAAAGUUCAGUGGCAGCUUUUCAAACUGUAUCACAAUGAGAGAGAUAUUGAACAAUUAGCUGAGGAUCUAGCUCAAAAGAAUAAGGAGUUGGAACGAGUCAGUAGAAAGCGGGAAAGAAUUGAGGAAGAGAUUAAAGAAAAGAAGAAAGAAAAUGGAAAACUUACAAGAGAGCUGACUAAAAUUGAACAACAAAUAAGAGAAGCUGAAAUAGAAUUAAGCAAAAAGAGACCAGCAUAUAUCAAAGCCAAAGAGAGGACAGCCCAUAUGCAGAAAAAACUGGAAUCUGCAAAAAAAUCAUUGAAAGCUGCAAAAAAGGUUCAUGAAGCUCAUGAAGGGGAGAUUAAAGAGUUGGAAAAUGAACUGAAAGAAGUAGAAGCAAGACAGGAGGAGUUUGAAGAGCAGCUUGCCCAGGAAUCAGAGUCUCAGGGUCGAGAUCUCACUCUUGAAGAAUCUCAGGUUCAAGAAUAUAACAGCCUGAAAGAAGAAGCUGGAAAAUUGUCCUCUAGGUAUCUUCAAGAACUUGACUCUGUAAACAGAGAACAAAAAUCUGAUCAAGAUCGUCAUGAUAAUGAGCUUCGAAAAAAAGCUGAAAUGGAGGCUAAAGUCAAACAGAAACGAUCAGAGUUAGAAGAGAAUGUUCGUCGAGUAGAAAAGUUAAAUGAAUAUAUCAGGACAAGUGAGCAGGCUCUCUCGGAUCUAAUGAAACAGGAAGAAGGAUUUGGAGAAGAAGUACAAGAUGCCAAAAAGCGUGUUGCUGAAAUCAAUGAUGAGCUUGAAUCUAUCAUGAUUGAAUUAGGUGAUGCUAAGGUGGACAAACAUGAAGAUUCACGUCGGAAAAAGAAGGCAGAAAUUGUUGAUCAUUUCAAACGUUUGUUUCCAGGAGUAUAUGAUCGUCUUGUUAACAUGUGUCAGCCCAUUCACAAGCGAUAUAAUGUAGCCAUCACUAAGGUACUUGGAAGGAACAUGGAAGCCAUUGUGGUAGACACAGAGCGUACAGCUCGAUCUUGUAUUAAGUAUUUAAAAGAACAGAUGUUGGAAGCUGAGACAUUUCUUCCACUUGACUACAUUGAUGCCAAGCCUUUAAAGGAGAGACUAAGAAACAUCCAGUCUCCUCGGAAUGUUAAGCUUCUCUAUGAUGUUCUUCAGUAUGAUCCUCCUGCUAUCAAGCGAGCAGUGUUGUAUGCUACCAACAAUGCUCUUGUCUCUGAGACUGCAGAAGAUGCUUCAAAAGUUGCAUAUGAAUUGGGUGAUGGAAAACGAUAUGAUGCUGUGGCUUUAGAUGGUACAUACUAUCAGAAGAAUGGAUUUAUCUCGGGAGGCAGCACAGACCUUGCCAAACGAGCUCGGCGAUGGGAUGAAAAAGCUCUGCACAACCUCAAGUAUCGAAAAGAAAAACUAACAGAAGAGUUGAAAGAGAUGGUGAAAAAAACUAGGAAGGAGUCAGACUUGAACACCAUCCAGUCACAGAUACGGGGGCUUGAGACUCGUCUCAAGUACUCAAUCACAGACAAAGAAAAUACAGAAAAACGUGUUAUAUCAAACCUGCAAAAAGAAAUUUCUGUACUUGAGAAAGAGAUGGAAAAGUUUGAUCCCAAGAUUCAGUCUGUAGAGUGGAGAAUGAAAGAAAGAGAAGUUCAAAUUGCUGAAGUGAAGGAAGCCAUGAACACAGUAGAAGACCGAGUCUUUGCUGACUUCUGUCACACUAUUGGAGUAGAAAAUAUAAGGCAAUAUGAAGAAAGAGAGUUGCGAGCAACUCAAGAAAGGGACAAGAGAAGACUAGAAUUUGAGAACCAGAAAAAUAGGAUUAUUAAUCGAUUGGAGUAUGAACGCUCCAAAGACACAAAUGAAAAUGUCAACAAAUGGACUAAAACUGUAACAGAUGAUGAGAAAGAACUAGAAAAACUAAAGGAAGCUGAAUCAAAACAAAUGCAGCUAAUUGAUGAGGAAAUGCAGAACCUGGACAGAUUAAAAACCUCUAAGAUCACAAAGAAGACAGAGGUUGAUGGAAUGGAAGAUGCAAUGACAGAAGUACGUAAACGGUUGACAGCCAUGCAGAAAGAAAUAACCAGUGUUCAGAAGGUUGUGACUGGACUGGAGACUCGACUAGAGCAGAAGAAGGCAGACAGACACAGUCAUCUCCAAGCUUGUAAGCUUGAAGACAUUAUCAUUCCCAUGAAGAGAGGAAGUAUGAAGGACAUUGACCAAGAUGCAUCACAGCAGGAUGAAUCUACAGAUAUCUCUGGGAGUCAUAAUACACAGAGAAUCUAUGAAAAGGAAACAAAAAUCCAGAUUGACUACAUUGAUUUGGCAGAUGAGCUGAAAGAUUUAGACUCUCAUGAAGAAGUUAAAAAAGAAGGUGAUCAUCUUCAAAAAGAAAUUUCUGAUAUGGAGACUCAUCUUCAGAGAAUACAGGCACCUAAUAUGAGAGCCAUGGAGAAAUUAGAUGGAGUUCGGGAACGACUGAGAUUAACUGAUAGUGAGUUUGAAAGUGCUAGAAAAAGAGCCAAAAAAGCAAAACAAGUUUUUGAAAAAGUGAAGAGGGAGCGUUAUGACAAAUUCAUGAGUUGUUUUGACCAUGUCUCUAAUAAGAUUGAUGACAUUUAUAAGGCACUGACUAACAACCAGAGUGCCCAAGCUUUUCUUGGACCAGAGAACCCAGAGGAACCAUACCUAGAAGGUAUUAACUAUAAUUGUGUGGCCCCUGGUAAACGGUUUCAGCCAAUGAGUAACCUUUCUGGUGGUGAAAAAACAGUAGCAGCUUUGGCUUUACUCUUUGCCAUCCACAGUUAUCAACCAGCUCCAUUUUUUGUGUUAGAUGAAAUUGAUGCUGCACUGGACAACACAAAUAUUGGCAAAGUUGCUAGGUUUAUCCGAGAACAAACUGAAACGUCCUUCCAAUGUGUAGUUAUAUCCCUGAAAGAAGAAUUCUAUGGUCAUGCAGAUGCUCUUGUAGGAAUUGUCCCAGAUCCUGGAGAAUGUACCAUCAGUCGUGUUCUCACCUUGGAUCUCACAGAGUACCAGGAGUGAAUUCUAACCUAGCAGUGUUCUUUCUUUUAUAUCUAUGUAUAUGUACAUUAUGAAACUGUGAAGUUGUUUCAUUUUAUUUUUACCUAUACUUUGUAUUGUUUUUAAUCAGAUUUUAAUUGGAGGAGAAGAAUAACAAUGUUUUUGUUUUGUUUUAACUUUACAGUUUUAUUCUAUAAAUUAAAAUAAAAACUGUUCGAGCAGUUGCAAAGCAACGCAUUAAUUGUAUCUGAUCAGGGGUUAAUUCUUGUAUUUAUUAAAUCUUUUUUAAGUGUGAUAUAGGCAUAAUGUAAGAAAAGUCUGAAUUUUUUUCUGCUCAGGCAAUCGUGAUAUUGUUCCAUCUGUUAAGUGGUUCAGGCUACCUAGUGAAACCUAUAAAACCUGUAUUUUUAAUUUUUUUUACAAUAUAUCAAAAAAUUUUAGAAACCUAUAGAUUUGAAAACAAACCUAUACUUUUACCCAAAACAGAUUGCUGCAAAAUAUUUGAUACUCUAGUCAAUAUAGUAUUAUAAUUAUCCUAUACAGGCAUAUGGAAAUCUAACAAUAUUGCAGAAUUUCUGAAAUGAAGGAAUUUCAGACUUUAUUAUCAGCAUUAUCAUAGUAAAGUCUGUCAUCACACACAAAGUGAUAAAUUUAUUCAUGGAAAUUUUAGAGGUGAGUAUAGAAAUUCACAUUUAGUGUUAGUCAAAAACAAAUUGUUUACAUAUAUAUUCAACUCUAUAUUUUGGUUUGUGAAACCAUAAUUUUCUCUAUAUUUUUAGAGAGAGGAAACUUUAAAAAAAUCUUUAUUUUUGCAUUGGCCUGUUUUUAUAUCUGAACUAUCUUAAAGUCUUAGAAAGUUUGUUUCAAAUUUAUUAAAGAAAUGAACUACAGAUUGUAAAAAAUAUAAUAAUAAGGCUAAAUCUAAAAUUGUAAGUUACAAAAUACAUUCAUUCUUAAAUGCAAAAAUGUUAAUCAGAAUUUUUUAACCACUUUAACUAACAUAAGUUUAGAAAAAUGUCAUUGAAUUGGAUCUCAUUUAAUUGAAGUUUCUUCAUAUUUGUUACUAAGAAAUGGCUUGUUUUAUUGAAAAAUAUUUUUUUCUUGGUUUUCAGCAUUGUUGUGAUAGUCUGUGUUGGAUAUUUAUUAUAUGUAAGUAAACAUACUGGUAGAAAGUGUAAUAUGUAUUGAGAAGUUUUUCCAGUGUUUUAAUGUAUUUAUUAUUCAUGGUGUCCAAGCUACAUUAACAGGUUCACUGCCAUGUGCCCCACUGGUGGGUCAGAACCAACUUUUAGUUAUGGGCCGCAUAACACACUGGUGGAUCACAUAUUACAAGUGGCUUCAAUGAGCUAAUUAAUAUUAGUAUAGUUACCCAUAUAAAUAUUAGACACCUGGGUUAAGUAAAAAAGAAAAGUGUGGUUGGUACUAGGAUAGGGAUUAUUAAUACUACUAAUGGCAGUGAACGAAUGUAUUGAACAAAGAAUUUGUUUUCUGUGUUCUAUGUUUCUAUAUAGGCUCUAUUCUGUGGUACUUAGAAGUAUUAAUCAUGUCACUGGCAGCUGUGAAACUCCAUUGUUAAAGAUUGUUUUGUUUCUAAAUCAUUGAAAUUUUACAGAUGGUUAUAGAAAGUUUCCUUUAUUAUUAGUCGAUUAUAAGUUAUUUAUAUGUAUUUAACUCUGUAUUUUGGUUUUUGAAACUACAAUUUUCUCUAUA